UUAAAUUAUUAAACAAUGUCGAAGAAUCUGAAGAAAACAAUCGCUAAUGGUUUGAGUUGGUUCUUUGAAAAAUGCACUUGUUAACUAAAUAUUUUGUGUUAAUAUUCUUACAAAGUGUGACAGGUACUUCUACAUUAAUUAGGAAGCCUAGGAUUAUUGGCGGAAAUAAUGCUCUAGAAUCUCAAGUACCAUGGCACGCUCAUAUAUUUAUGUUUAAUGAAAAAGGUGAAAAGUUUACAUGUGGUGGUUCUUUAAUUUCAAAUAAUGUGGUGUUAACAGCGGCCCAUUGUAUUAUUGGAUAUAAAUUUUAUGAACUAAUAUUUGGUGAAGAUGAAUAUGAAGAAAUUGUGUUAGUUAAUUCAAAGCAAGUUAUUCCUCAUCAAAAUUAUAGCACCACCACUUUUGAAUAUGAUAUUGGAAUUAUCAAUCUUCCAAUUUCCAUUGAUUUUUCAGAUGAUGUUCAUGCUAUCUCAUUACCUUUACUUUCGGAAACACAAAUGAAUUAUGCAAAUAAAUUUGCUAUCACUUGUGGAUGGGGUCGCACUUCAUCAAAAGCAAAUUCAGAAAGUCAUAUUUUAAAAAUAUUAACAAUGGAAUUAGUUAAUCAUCAACAAUGCCCUGUUUUGUACAAGACCAAAAUAUGUGCCAUUGCUCAUGGGAAUGAGAAUAUUUGUAAGGGCGAUAGUGGCGGAUCAUUAACAUAUUAUGAUGAAGAUCGUGGUCCUGUUAUUAUUGGCGUUACUAGUGUGGUGAUGAAACAUUGUAAAGAAGGUUUACCAGCAUUGUUUACGCGAGUGUCAUUAUUUCUUAAUUGGAUCAAACAUCAUUCUAAUGUACAAAUUUGUUAAUAAUAAAUCGCUUUUUAAAUAAAAAAUGAAUAAAUUUGCAUGUAAACUAAGAAAAUUCCCUGUUAAAAUCAUCAAUGUCAAAAACAAGUGAAAAUAACAAAUGACUGAGUGACGGUAUAUACGCAGUGUGGAAUAUCAGAAAAUUUUUUCUCAUUUUUUAUAAUCUACUACAUGCUUUGAAACGAAUUUCUAAACGAAUAAAUUACUCCCCAAAAAUA